AUGGUGCGGUUUGGUAUCAUCGGCAUCCUCUGCACGGCCAUCCUGCUCCUCGCCGGCCUCGCGUGGCGUGGUGUGGUCGUCGCCGCCGCCGGUGGGGUGGACGGCGUGUUCAACGUCGAGGACUACGGUGCUCUAGGCGACGGGACCACAGACGGCACCAAAGCGUUUGUGGAUGCAUGGGCGGCGGCGUGCGGCGCCACUGGCUUGUCGGCGACGUUGCUCGUUCCGACGGCGAAGUCAUUCCUCGUCGGCCUCACCAGGUUCACUGGUCCAUGCGCCUUCACCAGAAUCACCGCGCGCUCCUCCGUCAUGGGCACGAUUACGACGCCGCCGGCGAGCGCAUGGAGCGAAAAGAAGAACCAUUGGCUGAUGUUCUACCUGGUCGACGGGCUCACAGUUACCGGCAACAGCACCGGCUUGUUGGACGGCACAGGCCAGACGUGGUGGGUCGAUAAAUGCAAAGCCUUUCAUGAUUGUGUGAUUAAGGCACCGACGGCCUUGGUGGUCAUGAACUGCACCGACGUGGAGCUGAGCCAAUUCAGCAGCAAGGACAGCCCGCAGAUUCACAUCGGACUCAGCAUGAGCGGCAAGGUCAACGUGACGCAGCUCACCAUCACCGCGCUGGAGAACAGCCCCAACACCGACAACGUCCACGUCGACCGGAGCGAAGACGUCCACAUCACCGGUUUGACCAUCGGCACGGGCGACGACUGCAUCUCCAUCGGCCCCGGGAGCCUCUUCGUCACCGUCGACGGAAUCGUCUGCGGCCCCGGCCAUGGUGUAAGGUAA